ACCAACGAGCAUUAUUUGAAUUUUGGUGACGUUGGUUCAGGGAGAAGUUUAGUCUUUGGUGCAUUGUUGACAAAAAGCUCUUCACAUAAGAUUUGUAUCGGCUGGCAACAGUUUGGCUUCAUUGACGCCGUGUUGUGAACUAGUAUUGGCGGAUGCCUCGUCGCGAUCCUGACAGUUCUUCUGCAAGCCGGCGCAAGGGUGCAACACCCAAGCGUCGGCCUCCAGCCCCAACUGCGCCUGCUUCAACAUCAAAGGCAAAGGCACCACGGCUGAGCGGACCAUCGGGUGAGGAGAACAGGGAAGCGGGGGAAUCCUCUGCAGGUCCAGCUCCCUCCCCGCGAAAGAAGAGGAAGUUUCGCCCUGGCACCCGAGCUCUGAUGGAAAUUCGCAAGUACCAAAAGAGCACUGACUUGCUUUUGCGCAAAGGACCGUUUGCACGCCUGGUUCGGGAGGUGUGCCAGACGUAUAGCAGGGACUUCAUGAGAUGGCAGGUGUAUGCUCUUCUGGCCUUGCAGGAGGCUGCAGAGGCUUUCCUCGUUUUACUGUUUUCCGACGCCUACCUGUGUACCAUCCACGCCAAGCGUGUAACGCUGUUCCCCCGUGACAUUCAGCUUGCCCGGCGAAUUCGAGGAGUGGAUAAUCUCUGAGAAUGCUCAGAUGAGCCAUUGAGGAGUGAGCAGUUUGGCUUGGGGUGGGGCCUGUUAUAGCCUCAAAUAUAUUUUGUUUUUACCACUCAAGCUCAGCCAAUCUGACCUUGGAUCAUGGACAAUGGGGUGUUAAGGACCUAACAGUGCUGUGUUUUAAUGCAAAGCAUCAGUGGACCUAAUUUUCCCCAAAUAUACAUGCAUUAUGUUCUUGCCAUGUUCAUGCUAGUUAUAACCUCAAUAUAUGCUGUAACAAAAUGCUAACCCAGGCAAAGACUAUUGACCAAUGUUUUGCAUUUAGAAAUAUUUGUUGUACAUUGAAGGGAAACACUGUGUUGGGUAUACUGCUUUAGUUCAUCUGUGUUUUGGGCCUCAUGGCACCUAAGCCAAGGUAGUAUACUGGUAAAAUCUGUAAGAUAU